AUUACGGUCAAAGUUUAAAAGUAUUGCAUUUUAACUCUUCAGAAACUAAGACGCUCUUGUGAAAAGAUAUACAAAUGUCCGCUAAGAGCUGUCUUGUGUGUAUAACUCAUUGGGUACUUUUUGGCCUGUGUUUGAAAAUAUUGGGUUUUAUUUUGCCAUCCUCCAUUACCUGUUAUUACACAUGCACAGCAAAUACAUUGCUGUAUUGUCUUCUUGCCGGAUGGACGUAUCACUUCACGAAGAAGAGAUAUCUAGGAGGUAGAAUACAACCAGAAAAUAAAGCUGUCUUAAUUACAGGCUGCGAUAGCGGUUUCGGAAAUCUCCUUGCAAAGAGAUUAGAUAGUCGAGGAUUUCACGUCUUUGCCAGUUGCCUUUUUCCGAAUGGACCAGGAGCCGAGGACUUAAAAAAGAGUUGCUCUAAGCGCCUUCAGGUACUGGAGCUCGAUGUAACAAAAGAUGAAAGCGUUCAGAAUGCUGUGAAUUUCGUCAAAGAAAACAUUGGAUCAGCUGGUAAAGUAAAAGCACUUUUUUGUAAUACUCCCCAACAUUAAAGUAAUAGUAAUUCA